AUGGAGAGCUCCGGAGGAGGAGAAGAGGAGGAGGAGGAGGCGGAGGAACCGGAUUGGCGGCUCCCGGCGCCCUGCGGCGGACUGGGGAGAGGCUCGUCCGGUCAUGGCAACGUGGUGAGUUCUGGAAGCACUCUGCAGCAUCGCGUCAUUGUGCACUUGGACCUGGAUUGUUUUUAUGCACAGGUUGAAACUAUCUGUAGUCCUGAAUUAAGAGGCAAGCCUUUAGGUGUGCGUCAGAAAAACCUGCUCAUCACCUGUAAUUAUGAAGCCAGGGAACUCGGUGUAAAGAAAACCACGACUGUCAAAGAAGCCAAAGAAAAGUGUCCAGAACUGGUGCUGGUUAGUGGAGAAGACCUGACAAAAUACAGAGAAAUGUCUUACAAGGUUACAGCACUACUGGAAGAAUUUACACUGCUGGUGGAAAGGCUUGGAUUGGAUGAAAACUUCAUGGACGUCACUGAGAUGGUGGAGAAGAGGGUGGAAGAGUGGAGAAGGGAUGCUUUUUCUCAAAUCUCUAUCUCCGGUCACGUAUACGGCAAUCAGACUGUCAAUCUACACGAUCUGGCACAUGUAAGGUUUGCAGCUGGAUCUCAGAUAGCGGCUGAGAUGAGAGAAUCCGUGCAUGCCAGGCUGGGCCUUACGGGUUGUGCCGGCAUUGCUUCUAAUAAACUGCUGGCCAAGCUGGUAUCUGGGACCUUCAGACCAAAUCAGCAGACUGUCCUGUUACCCGAGAGCCGGCAGGAUUUGAUUGCUCGCCUUGACCACAUAAGGAAACUGCCUGGUAUUGGGUUUAAAACCGCACAACGCCUUGCAGCGCUAGGACUUACCACCAUUUGCGAUCUCCAGGUGUGUCCAGCUGCAGUACUAGAGAGAGAGCUGGGUGUUUCAGCUGCACGGCAUCUACAGAAAGUGAGUCGUGGAGAAGAUGAUGCUCCAGUUACCCCAUCAGGGCCUCCUCAGUCUCUAAGCGAUGAAGAUUCCUUUAAAAAAUGCUCUUCGGAAGCAGGAGUUAAGAAGAAAGUUGGAGAGCUGAUUGCUAGCCUUUUGGACAGGUUGCACAAGGAUGGAAGAAAGCCGCAUACAAUAAGAUUAUCUCUUCGCCAGUUUUCUACCACUCGAUGGCUUAAUCGGGAGAGCCGCCAAUGUCCAAUUCCAUCUCAUGUGGCCCAGAGAAUCGGAACAGGUGACACCAGCGUCCAGAGUCAACUGGUCACCUUAGCGAUGAAACUGUUUCAUAAGAUGAUAAACGUGAAAGUUUCAUUUCAUAUAACCCUUCUGAACGUCUGCUUCUCCAACCUGAAAGCCCCUCCUGCUUCCACCAAGCAGUCCAUCGGAUUUUAUUUAACUCGGCCGUCUUCUUCCGACUGCAGCAAACUUGUUCAUAAAACGGAAGACGUCGAUGCAGAACGUGCAACUCCAGACGGUCGAGUGGGGAGCUGUGGAAUCUUACUGGGAGAAAGAAACAGAAGCAUUACACAAACGCCGCCAGAGACCCCAGACCAAACCGGAGGUCUCGAGUUCCCACAUCUCCUGCUUCCUGCCGGCAUUGACUAUGAUGUGUUUAAUCAGCUUCCGAGGGAAAUUAAAGAAGAAAUUAUUUCUAGCCAAAGGGGGGAAAGCGGUACAGCAGCAAGUGUUUUGAGUCAGUCAUUCUUUGCUUCAAGGGAAGAACGGUCGGACAAGGCCCGAGAACAAAUGAGCCAUGCUCCUCUGCGUUCUGAGAGCACCCAUCAAAACAUUUUCUCUUUGGCGUCAUCUGACAGUGUAUCCCCCAAUGGGGCGGCACCACCUGCCCCACUCAGGUCCACUCCCAGGUGCCUUGGUGCACAGUGCGGGCCUCUGAAGGUUGUUGCAGAUGCAUUGGUGAGCGAGCAUACGACGACGGGCAUGGCUUUUACAAGCUCGUCUCCUGCUCAGCCUCGGUUUCACCAAGCCUGCCCCCCGGAGCUGCAGAAACAAACUGACAACAGGAGCCCCCGUGACAGAGGUUGGGAAGGAGAGUCAAAACGUGACCUCCCUUCCAGCGUGGAUGCCAAAACGUUUUCCGAGCUGCCUGCCGAGAUACAAAAGGAACUGCUGGUGGAAUGGGAGCGCCGGGAACCGGUUUCCAAAAUGCGUGCCGCGGUGACUCCCACCAAGUUCAAAAUGAAAAAACCAGGAGGCCAGCCUUCGACCCGGCAGUCAAAUAGCUUAUUAAGAUACUUUAAAUCAGCCUGA